UCGGUUUCCGGGGCGCGCCUCGCGCUGUUUUGUCCCCACCGCCGCCCCGUCCGCGCCGCUUUGCGAUGGCGGCCCCGGGCCUGUCCAAGGCCGAGUACCUGCGGCGCUACCUGGGCGGGGCCGCGGCCCAGCCGGAGGGCGGCCGGCGCAAGCGGAGGAAGAAACCGCCGGGGAGCGGCGGCAGGGGGAUGCGAAUAGUGGAUGAUGAUGUGAGCUGGAAUAGCAUUUCUGCUGCACAAGAAAAAGAGGAGGAGGAAGAGGAUGAAGGGGACCUGCCUGUGGUGGCAGAGUUUAUUGAUGAGCGACCAGAAGAAGUGAAACGGAUGGAAGAGUUCCGGACAAAUAGUAAAUGGAAGCUUUUAGGAGAUCAGAAUGAAGAUUCACAAAGCUCAGACCUUUCUCUAGCUGCCAAGUCUACAGCAAGUUCAGAAACCACAAAACAAAAGAAAAUUAAACACUCAUCUGAACCAUCACCUCCCAGGAGAGGUCGUCAUGAUUCUCCUGAGAUUUCUCCACUCAGGAAGCAGCGUCAUGAUUCUUCCGAUGAAUCUCCAUCCGGGAAUCAGGGCCGCGACUCGCCAGACCUGUCGCCGCCCCGCCGGGGCCGCCGCGACUCGCCGGACCUGUCGCCGCCCCGCCGGGGCCGCCGCGACUUCGCCGACCUGUCGCCGCCGCCGGUAUCAGGAAAAAAAAGCAACAAAACUAUGGACAAAUCGCUACCGGGAGGAAUCCAAGGAGAGCAAUGUAAUCUGAGAUCUGGCUUCCCACACAAGUCCUCAUCGCAUCAUAAGCGGCAGAUAACUCCAGAUCUUUCACCUCUCAGGAAGAACAGAGACAAUUCUGACCUAGCCACAUCACCAUCUCGGAGAAAGAGAACUGGAUCACCUAGUGGGCUGAAAAAACAGAGCAGCACAAGAGGCUUUUCUCCAGCCAAUCAAAAGCCUAAACAGGCUCCGUCGCCUAAAAGGCGCAAGAGGCAUGACUCUGAUUCUUCACUGCCAUGGAAGAGUUCCCAGGACUCGUCUGAUUUCGACCUUUCCCCCCUGCGGAACAGUCAUAGACCAGGCCUGCUACACCGUGACUCCCCCUCCAAACUCUCUCCUCCCAAGAGGAAUCAGAACACGUCUUCAGAUUCUGAUUUAUCUCCUCCCCGAAGGAGUCAGGCAGCUGGAAAGAAACUCCACGGUUCAAGGAGCUCUCCUGGCCUCUUGCCUCAUCGUCGAGGCCCAGAUUCUAAAAGAUCUUUCCAGGGGGAGAGAGGAGAGGACCAGAGGGCCAGCCAGAUGCUCUCUGGGGGUAAAGCUGGCUUGGUGUCAGCCGACCUGCUGCGGAGAGAACAGCAGGAGCUCAGGAGACACGAUAGAAAUAACAAACACUUGGAAGAUGAAUCCCAAAAGGCUGAAACAGUCUUUCGAGACAAGUCAGGCCGCAAGAGGGACCUUAUGCAGGAACGACUUGAGCAGCACAAGAAGGCGGAGGCGAAAUCUGAGAGAGAUGAGCUCUAUGCCAAGUGGGGCAAGGGCCUGGCCCAGAGUAGGCAGCAGCAGCAGAAUGUGGAGGAUGCAGUAAAGGAGAUGCAGAAGCCAUUGGCUCGUUACAUUGAUGACCAAGACUUGGAUCAGAUGCUUCGAGAGAAGGAAAGAGAAGGGGACCCCAUGGCUAACUUCAUCAGAAAGAAGAAAGCCAAAGAGAGCAAGGAUAAGAAAGAGAAGCCCAGGUACAAUGGACCAGCACCUCCCCUGAACAGGUUUAACUUAUGGCCUGGGUAUCGCUGGGAUGGAGUGGACAGGUCCAAUGGGUUUGAACAGAAGCGCUUUGCCAGGCUAGCCAGCAAGAAGGCAGUUCAGGAACUUGCAUAUAAGUGGAGUGUUGAGGACAUGUAAACAAAAGAGAAAACCAAAUGGAAGACUGCUCCUGGCUCCCCUUCGGGGAGGAAGUGAGACCUCAGUACAACCUAAUGCCAUUGCAAGAGCUGUAAGGAAUGGCUCGUUCUUCCCUGAACACCUCUUCUCCCUAGCAUUCAGUGUUAAAAUGGACGACCUGGGGGUGACUAGGCUGCCUCUAAAGGAAAGUUCUAGAUGCUCCUGGAAGAGGAUGAAAACAGGUCACUCUGUCCAGUCAGGCAGAGAGGAGAAGGCGGGAAACUUUGGGUCCCUUGAGCCCAGAGAAGAACUUCUACAGCUUUACUGUGAGCAGCUGGAAGGUUGAUUGCAGAGGGAAAGUGCAGUAUCCAGCUACCUGCUGGAAUAGUUCUGCUCUCUUGGACCUGCCGUGAGAUGCAGAAGAGACACCAGUUUCUGGCAUCAAUAUUUUUUUAACAAAUUAUAUAUAAAUACAUUUGUAACCCUAUUUUCGGCCAAACUCUUGGUUCCCUGGAGGUGUUUUGGGGAUCUGCUGAUUUUCAGUUGUGUCCCAAAUCUCAGGUGCUUUUCUGGGGUGCGGAGAGGAUUAAAGAAAACUCAUUCAGAGAAUAAUUAUGCUGAAGUGGCUCUUCUGUCCUGCAAAGUGGAUUCCCCAACUGUCAGUGCAAGUUGUAAAGCAGAAGCCCCUCCCGUUCCUAGUUCUGAGCUACGCUAAGUAGACGAAUAUUUCCUACAAUGCCUUGCUCCAUAUGGUGAAUCACUAUCUCGUCCCUUCCUAAAGGGGGUUUUUGGAGAGAGGGGUGUGGAAGAGAAACUCUUUUGUUGUAUUUGACAACAAACCCAUUCUGGCUCGAAACUCUGGCCGCUGGUCUAGGUUAACUGCUUAUGGAAAGAUGCAGUUAAUGGUGGGUUUAAAUGUACUACCCUGAAUGUGAUUUUAUUUUGAGCAUCUGAUGGCACGGGGUUGGUCUCUAUUGAGAGGUCUGACAGUGCCAGGCUAGCUUGGCAGUUGCAUAGUCACAGCAUUGCUGUCUGCAUGUUUGUUUAAACCUGAAAUCUAACUUUCAGAAAAGACAACUGCUCUGCCAAGACUCUGAGCCACAGCUAAGGUAGAGACAAUGUGACCUAGUCCCGCAAUGUGUUGAGAAAGCCCCUCUGAUCUCAAAGGCAGUUGGAGUUUUCUCUUUGUUUACUUUGCAGAGAGACGGUGUUGAAUGCCCCAGCUGUUUCCAU